GUGGUGAGAGCUGUAAAGCUAAGCUAAGCUAUGUAAACAAAUCUGAGUGCUGGAUGUUAAUCUACACAGAUUUCUCUUCUGAAAACUGUUUAUUUGGAUUUAAUAAUGGUAGACCUUCAGGAUCUGUCCAAAUCUGUGGCAGAACUUCAGUCUGAACCUAUCACUGACAUUGCGAUAGUGUCCAAGAAAGAAGCACCUACGAACUACUGCCUGGUUGCACAAACAACAGAUGGCUUCGACGCCGACCUGUGGAAGGACAGCAUAUUCAAAUCCAAGGUCAAGCGCUAUCUCUGUUUCACCCGCGCCUCCUCCACAGAAAACCAAUUAGAACAUGUUCUGGUGGAUAUGAAGUUUGCUGACCCGAAGGACACACUGCCAGAGGGCUUCAUCGCCAUCCAAGACACCAUUGACACUCGUGAGGUAGCUUUGAGGAAGAAGAGGCUGUGUGUGAAGUUUGUCCCAAGACACAGCACUACAACAGCCAUAUGUGACAUGCUCAUUCAGAGCAGGUCAAAGCAGAGCACUGUAAACCACACAUUUGUAGGAGAGCUGAAUGGAAUGACGAUUUGGUAUCUGAUGGGAAACGUUGCUCAGACAUAUCAAGGCUCUAAUAACAUUCCACCUGCUCAGCAAACUGUUCCAGACUCCAGUCACACACCGGUGUCCCAGACCUCAAGUUUCCCCAAGAGGAGCACAGUUCGGCCCGACAUUGAGCACCAGAACUCCAACAGCACAUCAGCAAUCGAUGAUGUACCCUUUAUGAUUUCUGAGAGGUUUGCUCAGAAAGUCGUCAGAGAAACACAGUCAGUCAAUUUAAUGGGCAUUACCAUCAAAUCCCCACCAGAGAUCGAGGAGGAAUUUUCAUACUUCUUCAAUAUUGAGCUCAGUGCUGCUGCUUAUCCCUGAUCGAGGUGAUGAAUCUGACUUUAAACAGUCCGCCAACAGCAAACCAGAGAAACCAUCACAGCACCGGAAACGUGACCUGCCUGUGGGUCUUUAGUCCAGAAUGAAUGUGGGUAAAACCUCACGUUCAGAAGGGUUUGGAUAUAAUUAUAAAACAUAUUUAUCGUUUAAAAAAAAAUGACAAAUAUUGUCAAACAUUAGCAGCAGUAUUCUUUAAGAAUAUUCUUUAUUUUAGUUGUACUCUAGUUAAUUAAUCUAAAAGGAAAAAAUGUUAUUUUAAUAAAAAAACUGUAUUUGUAGGCUCUAUAAAUCUAGUAUUUUAGUAAUUUUCUUGAGAAUUUGGAUAAAAGCGAUUUUAAUUCUUAAAAUAAAAAUUAGUUAAAUUAUUAAAUCAGAAGGUAUAGAAAUCUUCUCAUUUUGUAUUUGCAUUUGUACAUUGGCCCAACUUUAUAAUAGGAAUAACCUUGAAAGUCACUUUGGAUAAAAGUGUCAGAUAAAUGCUGUAAAUGUAAAAAUGCAAAUGGAUGUUUUUUUUUUUUCUUAAUAAAAUAGGUGUUUUUAUGUACUUUGAUUUGUCAACACCAUCAGACACAAUAAAAAGCUAAUUCUGUUCUAUUUUCUA